AUGUGUCGCAUUUGCGGCCGCAUGAUAAAAUGCAUCUUUGACUCGAUGCCUUCACGGGUGCCCUCCGCAGUUACGAAAAGAGCUCCAGAGGCAGCAGAUCAAACGCAAUCUCACCAUGUGUCAUCUCGCAGCCUCGUCCGGAGUGCAUUGAAUAUUUCACCUCGGCCUGUCACACAACCACCCACUUUCCUUCUCCCAUUCCGUGCGAAGCUACAUCAAGCAACAGCUCAGCAAUCCGCGAGCCCGACCUCUCAAUUCCACAAUACUCAACCUGAGAUCCCUCCAACCUCCCUCCAAACCGCAGACGAAAAUCCCGUCGCAGCCGCUGAAUCCAUCAAGAUAUCCAAACUCCCUUCGACGAGUCAGUCUCUUCCCCGCCCGCUGGUCCUCUCCAGAUCCCUACAAGAACUCCUACCAAAACUCACCCUGCAAAAACCGCACUAUAUCGUCGCACAUGUCCAUCGAUUUCCUUACCUCCUUACCGAAGGUGACAUGCUCCGACUACCAUUCCACAUGAAGAAUGUGUCCCCCGGUGAUAUUUUGCGCUUCAACCGUGCCAGCAUCCUUGGAUCACGCGACUACACAUUGAAAGCGGGCAUGGACAACACCGAGUCCUAUGACCGUAAGCGUACCGGCGAACCGAACUAUAUUGACGAGCGGCUAUUCGAGUGCCGUAUGCGCGUGUUGGGUCUGGAAACGGGUCCGAUGAUGAAUAAAGAGAAGAAGAAGCGCAGGAAUAGGCAUCGAAAGAUCGUCCAUAGUAAACACAAGUAUACAGUGUUAAGGGUUAUGCAGAUAAAGAUUAAGAAUCUGGAGGAGUUGAAGAGGGAAAAGGGCACACUUUUGCUAGAGUCGCCAGAUACUCCUGCCGGAGAGGUGCAAUAG